AUGGCUUUGCAGAGGACCCUCGCAAAGGCGUCUUCCACCUUGCUGAGGAUAUCCGCCAUCCUAUUUUUCAGAUUUUUUCCCGCACAUUUCCCAACCGUCACAUUCACGCUUUUUGCAGUAUAUAUCCCCACCUUCUUGGCGACUUACUUCACAAAGCCAGAGCUCGAAAUUUUGGAGGACAGGACCGCCGCGAUCACGGAGGAAGUCACAGUCAAGCCAGACGCGCCAUUGUUGACCGACGAAGGCGUAGCAGUCGAGGUGGAACCAGAAGUCGUCGUCCAGGAGAGCAGGAUCGAGGAGGAGAUUGUGCUUGGCGACAAGGACGCCAAUCCCUGGAAGAUUCUCCUAUGGGGCGCACCGAGUGCUAGCAAGCUCGGGGCCUCCGUGCUGACUUUUCUCAUCAACACCAUCCUUGUCGCCCUCACUCUUGAUGCGCUGUACCGCGCGAGGUUUCUUUACCCUGUGGACGACCUCUCCUUUGUCCGACUUGGAUAUGUCUCGCCUACCGAGGCCAAGUUCCUCAUCCGCGAACCCGAUCAGGCGCAAAUGCCCGUGACUCUCCAGAUUCACAUCAAGGAUGCUCAGGCACCUUUCGACAACCCCCUCUGGCAAACCGCUGGUGGCAUCAGAUGGACCGACAACCAGACCGAUUUCAGCGGCGUGCUCACUGUGCCCCUGACACAUUCAAAGCAGCGCACAUACGAAUGGCGUACGUCCAACAACCACACUGGCGAAUUCUUGGCCCCUCCCGCGGCUGGACACAUGCCUGAAUACCACAGUGGAAAGUACACCUUCUUGUCGACAUCCUGCAUCCUCCCACGGUUUCCGUAUAACCCAUUUGACCACGCUCUAGCGAUUCCAGGCCUGCGUCAUUUGGCAAACAAGUUGCCGGAGCUUGGCGCACAGUUCAUGCUGUUCCUUGGCGACUUCAUCUACGUCGACGUGCCUGAGCGCUUUGGCGUUUCCGCAGCUGAGUAUCGCAUGCAGUAUCGACAGGUCUACGCUUCUCCAGACUGGGCCCCGGUCGCGCAGAACCUCAGCUGGAUCCACGUUUUGGACGAUCAUGAGAUUUCGAACGAUUGGUCCUCGGGUCAGACUGGUGUCUAUAAUGCUGCUGUCGAGCCAUGGCACAUCUACCAGGGCGAUUUGAACCCCCCAAAGUCUCGUGUCCCUGGCACCACCACGUACCGCCGAGAAAACGCCACCUGGUACGAGUUCACCCAAGGACCCGCCGCUUUCUUCAUGAUGGACACUCGCAGCUACCGCUCGAGCAACAACUUGCCCUUUGAUGACAUGGAGAAGACCAUGCUCGGGCCCGACCAGCUUGAUGAUUUCCUCGCCUGGUUGAACAGGCCUAUGCCUCGAGGCGUCAAGUGGCGAUUUGUCGCCUCGUCAAUUCCCUUUACCAAGAACUGGCCUGUCAACGUCCAGGACACCUGGGGCGGUUUCUUGGUCGAGCGCAAGCGCAUUCUUGAGGCCAUGUGGGAUGCUGGAGCGCGUGGUACGACAGUGGUUGUUUUGUCUGGCGAUCGACAUGAAUUCGCUGCCACCAAGUUCCCACCGCCCGAGGGUUCGCGUUGGGCCGACACGGCUGCUGCUUAUGAGUUCUCAACGAGCCCACUCAACCAGUUCGCAUCCCCGGUGCCGUCCUACAAGCAGACCGACGAAGAGGACAUCAAGCUUAACUACAUCCCCUCAGGCAGCUCCAAGUUCGGCGCGUUUACCAUUGAGAACAUUGCUGGCGAGAGCGCGCUCCAGUACCGUUUGUACAUUGACGGCAAGGAGCGUUGGACAUACGAUCUUGUAUCGCCCUUGUCCCCCUUGGAGAGCGAAAAACCUCUGGCAGCCAUAUGGUCCAGAAUCAGGGGCAUGUAA